AUGGCUGAAGAUGAUGAAAAGUUAAAGCGAAUUCACGUGAGUAACGAUGAGUUUAGCGGUUUAAUUGGCGGUCUUGCGGGGAAUUUCAUCGAGAGUCAAAUUGGUGGCGGUGUUGGACAAAUUCUUGGUGGACUACUGCGGGGAGGUGGAAGCAGUGUAGAUCGUGGUGGACUCGAUGUCGGGAAUUUGAUUGGUCAAUUUGUUGGAGGUGGCGUUGGCGGAGGAGAGAAUGUACCAAUGGAUUUUUUACGUGGUGGUGUUAUGGAGAUGCUGUCAGAUGUGAUCGGUAAAGCGGCACAUCACUUCCUUGGUGUUGACCCGCAGACAGGUCGUAUUAUUGGUGCAAUUGCCGGUAAUGUGCUGUUUCAUCUAGGUGGAAAAGAUAACAAAUUAUCGGAUAUAGGAAAAAUUAUCUUGGAUAACAUUAUUUCGGGAAAAUUUCACCGGAAGGUUGAUCCUUAUAUUCCACGGGAACCACGUCUAAUACCACGUCCACCAUCACCAAGUCGAAGAGCCCAAGCACUUGACUUUUAUGAAGAACGUGAUCGAUGUUUGCAAUCCAACAUUCUGUUCGAGGAUCCAGAAUUUCCAGCAGAUGAUUCCAGUUUGUUUUAUAGUAGACGACCCCCGAAGUACAUCGAAUGGCUUCGUCCAGGAGAAAUCGUCCAUGAACCAAUGUUAAUUUCGGAAGGACAAACUCGCUUUGAUGUGAUUCAAGGUGAAUUAGGAGAUUGCUGGUUGAUGGCUGGUGCCGCAGGUUUGACCCUACGUGAUGAGUUAUUUUAUCGUGUGAUCCCACCGGACCAGAGUUUCACCGAAAAUUAUGCCGGAAUAUUUCACUUCCAAUUCUGGCAUUACGGUAAUUGGGUGGAUGUAGUUAUUGAUGAUAGAUUGCCAACAUCAGGUGGAAAACUUUUAUACAUGCAUUCCCGUGAACAUAACGAAUUCUGGAGUGCCCUGAUGGAAAAAGCAUAUGCCAAAUUAUACGGUAAUUAUGAAGUAUUAAAAGGUGGUACAACAUCGGAAGCAUUGGAAGAUAUGACUGGUGGUUUGACAGAGUUUGUCGAUUUAAAGGAACCACCACCAAAUUUACUGCAAAUGAUGUUUCGAGGCUUUGAAAUGGGUUCUUUGUUUGGAUGUAGUAUUGAGGCCUCACCGAUGGAGUUUGAGGCACGUACACGUCAAGGAUUAAUCAAAGGUCAUGCCUAUAGCAUCACAGGAAUGAGGCUGAUUGAAACGGCACAAGGCAAAAUUCCGCUACUGAGAAUCCGUAAUCCGUGGGGUAAUGAACAAGAAUGGAACGGUGAUUGGUCAGAUAGUAGUGAAUUAUGGGAUUAUGUUUCCGAUCAGCAGAAGAAAGAUAUGAAUCUUGUCUUGGCACAUGAUGGCGAAUUUUGGAUGUCAUUUGAUGACUUCAUGCGAUAUUUUAAUAAAAUGGAAAUUUGCAAUUUGGGACCAGAUGUUAUGGAUGAAGUACGAGAGAUGACUGGUAUAUCGAUGGAAGAUGUUGGUUUUCGACAUUGGAAUACUCGUUGCCAUCUCGGCGCAUGGAUCGGCGAUACGGCUGGUGGUUGCCGAAAUUAUUUAGAUACCUUUGCCAACAAUUCCCAGUUCGCCAUGACUUUAUCUAAUCCAAAUCCUGAAGAUGAAGAUGGUCUUUGUACAAUAAUCGUUGCCGUGUUGCAAAAAAAUCGUCGUGAAAUGAAACCACAAGGAUUAGACAAUCUUGCUAUUGGCUUUGCGAUUUAUAAGGUCAGUGAAAUUUACGGUCAUUUGGAUCGCAACUUUUUUGCAUCACAUAAGUCAUGUGCGAGAAGUGCUGCAUUUAUCAAUCUUCGUGAGGUAACUGGCCGUUUCCGCCUUCAACCCGGCAAUUACAUCGUAGUCCCAUCAACUUUUGAACCUGGUGAAGAAGGUGAAUAUAUGCUUCCUUUAGGCCGUCGAAAGUAUCCUCCAUAUGCUGGAAUAUUUCAGGGAGCUUGGUUAAGAAGAUUAAGCGAUAGAGUAGCCACACAAUAA